CCGUGAUCCGCGAACCCCAAAUCUCCUUCCAAACCUGCGUCUUCUCUCAACGAGUUAUCUCCCUACCUAAUCGAGCUUUCCCCCUCAAUCCUCCAUUAAUUGGAGAUCCCCAAAGCUCAGCCCCCACAUUGCAACGGACUCUGCAGUGGCCAAGCCAUGUCUUCGGGAGCAACAAAACGUGCCGAACGGUCGCUAAUUUGUAAUUUGUGCCUGCGUUCGUUUGCACGAUUAGAGCAUCUGCAGCGUCAUCGGAGAACCCAUACCAAAGAGAAGCCUUUUGCUUGUCUCUGCGGCCGAGCUUUCACACGAAAGGAUCUGCUGAGGAGGCAUGAGCGACUAAAUCAUGGGAUUCGUGAUGGUAACUGGUCGGUCGACGGCGAGCAAUCUUUCAACAUAGCUCCAGCGUCAACUACGACAGGUCCUUCCUUACAGCAUAGGGCUUCCGCGCAGUCUGAACAGGCGCAGCCUCCCAUCACCACCAAUUACCCGGGGUUUGCUGAUCCCGUACCCCAGCAAUCUCUCCCGGUGAAUGCCCCACUGAACUUUGACGAUCUUAUAAAAGACUAUGAUGAUCCGGUGUUGGACUUUUCAAGGUUUAUGGAUAUUGUGAGUUCGGACUUUGACUGGAGCAUAAUGAAUCCGGGCAUAGGGACCAAUCAUCAAGAAGUCCAGCCUAUCGUCCCGGUGAACGCUAUGCUCUCCGAUCAGAUAGACGUGACCCCAAAUCACAGUCGUCCAAGCGUACCCGAUGGUGCGACUGAUAAUGACGACUUUCAAGAGCUGAAGCCUACGCUCGAUCCCUGGGUGGUCAGUGAAGCUCAACGAAUUGCGAUCACACAAUCACUGGCUCCGUUCCAGACUUCCCUUUGCAACUUCAAGCUCCCAUCCAGAUCCGCUCUCGGGCGGUAUGUGAAGGGCUACGUAGACGGUUAUAGCAAUCAUCAUCCCCUCGUCCACAUACCAACGCUCAGCAUCGCCUCUCCGGAACGAAGCCCAGAGUUUGUUCUAGCGCUUCUAGCGAUGGGCGCGCAUUAUCGGUACGAAACAAAAAUGGCUCGCCGGUUGUACCACGCAGCUAGGUCGGUUGUUGUUGCCCGUCAAACCCGCGGCGGGCCGCUCUCGAUCCCAGCAAAGGCCGGUGUACCCGGGCGUGGUACAAUGGACCAACUGCGCGCAAUAGUCCUGGUGGCAACGUUCGCAUUGUCUCAAAAGGACAGUGAUUUCAUCCGCGAGUCUCUGGAGUGUCAGGGAUGGAUUGCCUCGCUUCUUCGUAGCGUUCCUAUGCCACAACACAACCACGCCAAGGUCGGAGACAACUGGCGGCAGUGGGCCUCGAUCGAGGAAGACAUACGCACCAUUUUCAGCGCAUACUGUCUGUUGAUGAAACAAACAAUACUAUACGACACGCCUCCAAUGGUGUUGAGCCACGAGCUCGAUCUCCCUCUGCCCUCCUCGUGCCGUGAAUGGACAGCCGCGACGCCAUCGGAAUGGCUCGCUGCUCGGACCACGGUGCCACCCGCGAUCUCUUUCAGGGAAUGCCUCCGCUCACAGCUGGCCACCACCCAGCCCCAAGUUCCCACCCCAUUACUUUCACCGAUGGGAAACUAUGUUCUUAUGCAUGCGCUCCUCCAAAGAAUCUAUCUGGCAAACUCCCUCUCCCAGGACGUAGACCGCCCCUCCCUCUCCGCCGCGGAAACCGACAGCCUCGAGCGGGCCCUCAACAACUGGCGAAUCACCUGGAAGGCGUCCCCAGACACCGUCCACGAUCUGCAUGACACCUACGGUUCCAUGGCCUUCGCCUCCACCGCGUUGCUGGGCAUGGCUCACGUCCGUCUGCAGUGCAACCUGGGUCCCUGGCGCCAGGUGCAGAGCUGCGACCCGCAGACGGUCGCGGCCAAGCUCCACGAAUGUCCGCUGCCGAAGCGGAGCCCACAUCUGCCUCACGCCUUGCUCCACUCCAUCCACGCGCUCCGCAUUUCUGUCCACAUGGGCGUCGCGUACUUUUCAACGCGCCAGUCCUUCUCCUGGAGCUUGUAUCAUGUUAUCUGUGGACUGGAAUUUGCGGUUUUCACCAGUAAAUGGCUGCAAGUGGUGGCUCAGAACUGCACCAUGGUGCCUCUCACCGGUAGAUCCCUCUGUCCAACCGCAAGUUGACUUCUUUACGUAUAUGGCAGCGCUAAGAUGUACUGGCAGACUACGAACGACAGAUC